CUGGAAACGAAAAAUCCCAUCUCAAUAAACAUCCCACUUCUGGAAAUCCCCUUUUUUGCUUCAAAGUAAGGGGGCAUAUAUCAGGGAUGACAAUGACGUCGGGAAGGAUACUUCCCACCCUGCUCCGGUCCCUUCAAAGAUCAAGGACCCCCCUCCCCCGCCCACAAUGGCCUCAACCCACCUCUACACUCAAGCCAUCAACACCAAGAAAGUUCACCACCUCCCCUCCCCGCCGCCAUGGUGACCCCCGUCGCCAACCGGCCGACGACCCCGGCUUCCAAUCCAUAAUCGACAACCCCCCCGAGCUCGUCCGCACAGGAAAACGCCACGGCCCCGGCCUCAUCAUCCUAGCCAUCAUCCCCAUAACGGCAUUCUUCCUCGGCACCUGGCAAGUGAAGCGCCUCUCCUGGAAGACAGACCUGAUCGCCAAAUGCGAGGACCGCAUUGUCCGCCCCCCUCUCCCCCUCCCACCCCGCAUCGACCCCUCGGCAAUCUCCGACUUUGACUUCCGCCGCGUUCUUGUGACGGGCCACUACCGACACGAUCAGGAAAUGCUCAUCGGCCCUCGCAUGCGCGACGGCGAGCAAGGAUACAUUGUCGUUACCCCCCUGGAACGAAAGGACGAUCCUGGUGCUACUAUUCUCGUGAACCGAGGGUGGAUUUCCAAAAAACAUCAGGACCAGAAACUGAGACCCGAGGGGUUACCCACCGGGGAGGUGACGGUGGAGGGGUUGUUGAGGGAGCCGUGGAAGAAGAAUAUGUUCACCCCUGAGAACAGGCCGGAUAAGGGGGAGUUUUACUUCCCUGAUGUGAAGCAGAUGGCUGAGUUGACUGGGAGUCAGCCUGUCUGGGUUGAGCAAACUAUGAACCCUGACUAUUUCACUACUCUGGAGUAUGAACAAAAGGGUGUACCCAUCGGGCGACCUGCCGAGGUCAACCUGCGCAACAACCAUGCGCAGUACAUCUUCACCUGGUAUGGCCUCUCUCUGGCCACAUCGAUAAUGUUCUGGCUGGUAGUCAAGAAGCCACCAAAGGAUAUCACCCGUCGUGUUCGCAUGAACAAGAACUGGUAAAACAACAAUCUCACAAGGUCCAAUGGCGGCAUACAGGCCUCU